UGUUGCGCCUGAUCAUGGCGAGCAUCGUCCACUUUAGGAUGAUCAAAGAGCAGUGUCGAGCAGUAAGAAAGGCUAGAUGUUGUUAAGCGAUACUCUAUUGCCACAGGCCAUUACUUCUUAUCAAAGGGGUAUUGCUUGGCUUACAGGUUCUGGCUCCUACCACGCUUCUGGCCGUCAUACUUCCAAGCAGCUCCUCCACUGCUGGCUUAUAACCCUAUCGAAGCCUGGGAACGAUCGACCACUUGGCCUGCAGACUUGACUCCACUGUUCAAGCUUGUAUUGCAUAUCAGCAGACUGAGUUUUGUAUCCACCAUGCAUGUCGAGGCAUAUCAGCUCCCGCCUCAAUAUGGGAUGAUGUACGAUGGUCUUUCGUACAGCCCAUACAACCAAGAGAUUCCGAACACUCUCCCUUACGAUCUGAUCAGGCUUCAUCAGGAGAAGAACGUUCUAUCGAUGGGACUUGCAGACUGUGUCACGUAUCUGAAAGCCCUGCGCGAGAAGCGAGUCAAGAAUGCUUGUCAACUCGACAAUAAGACGGCUCUUCCACCGAGAAAACGGAAGAAGUUGCAACAGAUCAAAAGACAUCUAGACAGCGAGAUCAGGGACCGAGAGAGAAACGAACAAGGCUUCUUCAACAACCUACAGGCCUGUGAGACCAACAUCAUCCUUGCGAAUAUGAAAGCAUACCAUCUAGCCAACGCAUCGUCCGUUCAAUCGGAGAUUACCUCGACACCGACUUUGUAUACACCUACUCUUGGCUCAUACUCAAGUUCAGAUGCCACAGAUCUGACCUGGAAUGGCUGGGCAGACGAAACCGCAGUCUCGCCAUUCCAGAAGGAGAGCAGCAACACCUAUUUCAUGGAUGAUCUCGCUCCGGAUGUUUGUAAUGAAAGCCUUAGGUGCGACUCUGCUAUGGCGAAGGAUGUUAGACGACCUCCCCCACUCUCUCGAGACGUAGUGGAGCUUCCAAACUCUCUUCCGGUGCCACCGAACACGGCACAGUCACAGAUCAGGCGAUCGUCCAUACUUAGUCCCGAAGCAGCCGUCUUUCAACCCCCCAACUGCUCCCAUGUCGUUCGACAGGACGGCUGUUGCAUGCCGGAAUACCAACAGCGCAGCAUGUCAAGCGCAACCGCAGUCACCAAAGCUGAAGAGCUGCUACAAAAGAGACGAUGCACUGCUGCAGAGAUAUACCCGGUAUUGCAACGUAUUUCGAAUGCUGUUCAGCCAUCUUUGCAGCAUCUGCCGGGACAGAUGUGGUGCAAUUCGACCCCGCAAACGAAACCACAAAAGGAUGCAGCGGUGCAGAUGAAUAGGCAAAGGACCAAUUCGCUUUGAUGGAAAGCAAAGGCGAGACAGGCAUGAC